AUGCAGACUGUAUUUAUGGUUGCUGAGAAGCCUUCAUUGGCUGAGUCAAUUUCAAAGUCUUUAUCGAAUAAACGUAAUUCAAGUCGACGUGGAUUUAAUGGAGCCUGCUCUGUUCAUGAAUGGAUUGGACAGUUUAUGAGUGAACAAGUUCGUUUCAAAAUGACUUCAGUUUGUGGCCAUGUAAUGAAUGUUGACUUUUUAAGCCGAUACAACAGUUGGGAUAAAGUAGAUCCGGCUGAGUUAUUUGUAGCACCUAUUGAGAAGAAGGAGGCAAAUCCUAAGUUACAAAUGGUAGACUUUCUACGUCAAGAGGCGAAAAAUGCUGCUGUACUAAUUCUUUGGCUUGACUGUGAUAAAGAAGGCGAAAAUAUUUGUUUCGAAGUUAUUAACUGCAUCCAUUCAGUUAUGGUACAUCCGAAAAGAAUUUUACGAGCGCAUUUCAGUGCCGUUACUGAUCAAGAAUUACAUGGUGCUAUGAAAAAUCUCAGAGAGCCUAACAAACAUGAAGCCUUAUCAGUAGAUGCAAGGCAAGAACUUGAUCUUAGAAUUGGUUGUGCGUUCACUCGAUUUCAGACGAAAUUUUUUCAGGGGAAAUAUGGUGAUCUGAAUAGUAAUCUUGUAUCAUUUGGACCGUGUCAAACGCCUACUCUUGGAUUUUGUGUAAAACGACAUGAUCAAAUCCAAUCGUUUAAGCCAGAAACAUUUUGGCGAAUUAAGGUUUCUGGAAAAGAUGAAACUGGCGGAAUAUUAGAAAUGUCAUGGAAUCGUGAUCGUAUUUUCGAUAAAGAAGCUGCUAUGGUCUUUUUAAGUCGUGUAAAAUCUUCUAAAACAGCUGAAGUUGUACAAGUAUCUGUUAAACAGAAAAUUAAACCACGUCCGCAAGGUUUGAACACAGUUGAAAUGUUACGAGUGGCAAGUUCUGGAUUAGGUAUUGGACCACAUAGUACAAUGGCGAUCGCUGAACGACUUUAUACCUCUGGUUACAUUAACUAUCCACGAACUGAAACAACUGCUUAUCCAAAUACAUUUGACUUGAGAGGUUUGGUACAGCAGCAGACAAACAGUCCAGUUUGGGGAGAUAUAGCGCGUGAAGUCCUACACUCUGGAUUAACUCCACCACGUCCUGGUCAUGAUGCCGGUGAUCAUCCUCCAAUUGCUCCGAUGCGCUAUGCAUCACCUCAAGAAUUAGGACAUGAGGCCUACCGACUAUACGAGUAUAUUACUCAACAUUUUAUCGCUACCAUAAUGCCCGAUUGCUGUUAUGAACAAACACAAGUGACAGUGUCAGUUGGUGAUGGUGAACUAUUCACAAUUAGUGGAUUAAAAGUUGUUCAACCUGGAUUUACACGUAUACUAACCUGGCAAGCGAUGGAAGAUAAACCUUUACCAAAGUCACUAGUUCAAGGCUAUCAUUUCGAGUUACUUGAUGAACCAAACUUAGUUGAAGGUCAAACUGGUCCACCAGAUUACUUAACUGAAGCUGAAUUAAUCACAGCUAUGGAACGUCAUGGUAUUGGGACAGAUGCGUCUAUUCCAACACAUAUAGAAAAUAUUGUACAAAGAGGUUAUGUUCAACUUCUUUCUGGGCGUAAAUUACAACCUACACCAUUGGGUAUUGUACUUGUUCAUGGCUAUCAGACAAUCGAUGCUGAACUCGUCUUACCACAUAUGCGUAAAGCUGUUGAAGAACAAUUAAAUCAUAUUGCUCGUGGUCAUGCUAAAUACGAUUUAGUAUUACAAUUUGUCUUAGCUAUAUUCGCUGCUAAGUAUCGUUAUUUUGUUGAAAAUAUUAAUGCAAUGGAUCAGUUGUUUGAAGUUUCAUUCACUACUUUAGCUAGUUCAGGUAAACCUUUAUCUAGAUGUGGAAAAUGUCAUCGGUAUUUAAAGUUUAUUGACUCUCGACCACAACGUCUUCAUUGUUCAAUAUGUAACGAAACGUAUACACUACCAGCGAAUGGUACUAUUCGACCAUACAAAACUGAAAAAUGUCCUUUAGAUAAGUUUGAAUUAUUGUGUUGGUCUCAAGGCUCUAAGGGCAGAAAUAUGGUUUUUUGUCCGUACUGCUAUUCUCACCCACCAUUUGAAUCAAUGCCAAAAACAUCCGGUUGUAGUAGAUGCCCUCAUCCAUCAUGUCCUCUUUCAAUGGAGUCUCUGGGUGUGGAUGCCUGUCCUGACUGUCCAUAUGGUAUUCUAGUCUUGGAUGAUUCUAAUGCACCUAAAUAUCGUUUGAAUUGUAAUCGGUGUCCAACAUUUCUUGCUGUUUCUGAUACUGUAAAGAAUAUGUCUGUUAAAAAUGUUAGUUGUCCACUCUGUACAGCUAUGCAUUUAAACCUGAAACUUGAUCCGACUAAAAUCCCAAAUUCAACAGAAGACAGUUCUGAGAAGAUUGGUGCUUCAUUUUCUGGAUGUGUAUUCUGCACAGAAUCAUUGUGUUCACUUUUCACCAUUGUAAGGAAGCAAGAACAACCAAAUCAUUCCACAGUAAUUCAGAGACGUUCACAUCAUCGCUCUGGACCACGGCAACGUAAUAGUGGUGGUAGGAGAGGAAGAGGUUUUAGAUGA